GUACGUCAGAGCAAAGUUGGCUCUUCAUGAUUUGGUACCUACCGAGUUACUUUUCUCCUAUAAAAAUCUUUAAUUCAGAGAAACAGUUAAACUUGGAAUGAAAUAUCGUGUAAUAAGUUCCAGAGCAACUUCCCAAAUAUAAACCAUAAUUAAAUUGAACCUGAAAGUUACCAUUUGAGUGUUAAAAGUUCACGAACGCUGACUAACAUUUUCUAAACACAAAGUGUAGAAACUGCAUUUAAAUUUAUUACAAGUUUAUAGUUAUUGUGGUAAUUAUAAAUCAGUGACAGAAAUGGAUUUUUAAGAAAACUUUUCAUCAGAUUUUCCCUCCAUACAUAUUAUGGAGAUUGUUGAAGAUACAGAGAAACGUAGCGGAGUUGCUGACUCCGCUUAUUCGUACAGUUGCAGCAACAGUAAAUCUACUCAAAGUUCAAAAUCUACGUCAGAGAGUAACUCGAGCGGCAGCAGUGGCUACCGAGGGAAACGCACUGAUGCUGAUUACAUCAAAAACAAUAAUGCACAACCUAUUAUAGAGAAAAGAGUUAAUGAUGAGAUCAAAACUGCGGAAGUUAAACUAAAAAGCGCAGAAGUUGUUAAUAAUCAUGAUGCACAAACUAUAGAAUCUAAAGAUACAUCACCACCAACAACAGAAGAUGUUAAAGAUGGAUCUGACAAUGUUUACCUUAGUUCUCCACCGCCUACGGUUGGAGAAGGGGGCAAUGAGUUAGAUAACAUGGACAUAUCUACGUCAGACAAAAGCACACGACAAAAUAAAGACCUGGUAUUCUGUAUCAAGACGAAGGACUUUUUCCAGAGUACAGUAUGUGACCCGCACGCUUCUUCUAUAAUUUGCACCAUAGACUAUCCCAAUACACAUUGUUCUGAUGGAUUCUUUUGUGUAAUCUCAAUGCUCGAUGGGGUUGUGAUGUACACGACAUUGUCUAUAUCGUCCUCUCUGGGAUUCCCUAAGGACAUGUGGAUUGGCAGAUCUUUUACCGACUUCAUCCACCCUAAUGAUCGUGAAACCUUUGUGUCCCAGGUCUCAAACGAUUCUACGUUAUGCAAAAAUGUUAAUGCGUCUCAUGUAGAGAACCACGUGUCUACAAUGUUCUGUCGAAUACGUCGUCACAAAAUUCUCACAUCUGGCUUCGGAGUGAAAGAUAGGAUGCCAGCAUUUAGACCUUUCUUCCUGAAGUUCUUCUUCAAAAAUAUCAUAGAGGAGGAUGUUAUUUACUUAGUGAUCCAGGCUAUAUCGCUUUCUUCGGCUUUCAAAACUGCAAACGAAAAAGUAACCAAUCCGAUACCGUUUGUAAUAAAACACUCUGCGAAUGGCAACCUUAAGCACAUAGACAGAGAGUCUAUGUCGUAUCUAGGGUAUCUACCUCAGGAUAUCAUAGACAAGGACAUGUUUGAGUUCUACCAUCCGGCCGACUUGGUGUAUCUUCUACAAGUAUAUGAAACCUUGGUCAAAGAGGGGAGCUAUGAUCGAUGCAAGCCGUAUAGAAUGUUAGCGCAAAAUGGAAACUAUAUAAAACUAGAAACUGAGUGGAUGUCAUACAUUAAUCCCUGGUCUAGAAAACUGGAAUACAUCAUUGGUAAACACUAUGUUGUAGAGGGCCCAACGAAUCCCAACGUGUUUGAUUCGCCAGAGGAAGAAACAUCUGCCAAAUUGAAUGAAAAAGAAAGAGCUAAAAUACAACAAGUGACCAACACCAUUAAGAAACUAUUGAAUGAAGUGUUAUCAAAACCAACGAAAUUGGCCAAACAGCAGAUGACUAAAAGAUGUCAGGAAAUCGCUGCCUUUAUGGAGUCUUUCAUAGACAAAACCAACGCUAUGCCGUUUAAAGAUAACAAAUGUAAAACUGACUCAAUCAAACUCGGAGGUAUAUUAUCACACUGCACCGACAGCAAGUCGAGCACAAACACAUCUAUUAGCUACGAUCGACUCAACUACGAUGAGACUCUGCAGAGAUACUUCGAUAGCCAUGAGACAUGCAUCAUCAAUAGUUAUACCACCGAUUACGCGUUCCAGCCGCAACCGUCCACUUCCAAGGCAGUCCCACCCACUACAAACGCGAAAGUAUCGCCUAUACCGUCUGAGCAGACGACGACAUCUACAAGCUCAAGCCCCAACUCAACUGUAUUACAAAACAAAACUGUUUGGCUAACAGAAUCGUUGCUAAACAAGCAUAACGAAAAAAUGGAAAAGAAAUUGGUUAAAACGCACUACAAGAAUAAAUCUUUGAUGAAAGGAGAAAGGGGAAAGUCGAAAGAGAUAAAAAUUACCAAACAGAAGAACAACGAAAUUUUGGACCGGUGCAACAAGUCCUACCAGCCCACAGCAGGCGACCAUUUGGCUCAUUUGAAUGGUUUAAAGCGUCCUACGGACUCUAUGAGCUGUCCCAUUCCAUGCAAAACUCGCUGCACUGUUGUUAACGGGGAUCGAACAAAAUCGGUUGCAAUGGUGCCUGUUUUCCCUAAUGCUGCUAUUGCACCCCAUGUGCCUAUUUACUACACACCACUGCAGCCCCAAGCGAUACCAGUAUUGGAGAACUACCCUCCCAAUCCGUUCGCCAGCACCAUAUUACCAAUACCAACCACGCAAGCAGUGCCUUACAUGACGUAUAGUAUACCAUACCCGUAUGCUCCUAUAAACCAGCUCCCUUAUACGUUAGAACAGAGUUGUAUGAAGCAACUCAUGAGCCAACAAGGGAAGUCCAGUUGCAGCAAUGGUGAAAGCACCGACACAAACCAAUUCGGCGAGAAGAAAGAAAACAGCGAGGGUACGAUAUUCAAUACGGACGAGGACUUGAGUUUCUCUUCAUUGUAUUCCUCGUUCUUUAAGACUGAAUCCAAAAGCGCUGAGGAGUCAGAACCGAAAUCGGGAAAUAAGGAUGACGGCAAAUUCUGGCAAAGAAGACUUUUGAUGGACGACGUGAGUAGCAAUGCCAGUUGCGAACCGCUCCGGUCGCAGAACGUAACGAGAAGGAAAAAGGAACCCCCGUGGAUGGAAAGAGUAUGUGUAACAUCAGAACUCAUUUAUAAAUAUCAAAUAUUCAGCAAGACCAUGGAAGAAGUGUUGUCAGGGGAUAGAAAAAAGUUAGAAAAAUUAGAACAGCCGGCCCUAGUUAAUGAGCAGCUCGGCCAGUUAUACAUCGACAUGCAGCUCGAGGGUGUGGCUGCCAGGCUGACCCUGGAGGAGGGGAUCACCAGCUCCGGGAGCUCGUCGGACGAGAACACCGCACAUGCCUCCACGACCAAGAAAACCGUGAAACGUCGUCAUCGAGGCUACGAUAAGAUGGUGAUAGUGUACGAAGAAGACGCCCCCCUCCCCCCACCUCAAGAAACAGAAACGGCCACGACGUAGUAAUUACUUAAUAUUAAUAACGUAAUUUUUAAGACUGACUGGAAAUAUAAAACGCUGUCCGCUAUUUAUAUAAGCUCGAGUUUGACUGGCAAUGCGUAUGUAUGUAACGAGAUGUAUAUA